AUGGCCGACGACCUCGACUCUCCCUCUCUACUGGAGCAGACACUGGCCCAAGAGCACGGACAGCUGGUCCUUGACCUGGUGCAGACUGUCGGAGCCAUUCCGCACAGCCACCAAGCAAGAGAGGAGACGGUGGAAAUCUCAACCGCCAUUUUCCUCGUGUGGGCUUCCAGGGACGCCGUCCAAUGGACCGACGACGGCGCCGUGUCGUUCCGCACUCGGACGCGCUCCGAUCCCGCAAUCCCCUCCGGAGUUCCGUCACCGACCAGUCGAAGCCUGCCUGCGAGGCCGCCAAUCCACUCUUUCGAGUGUGUGCUGCAGCUCGGGCUGUGGCUCUAUUGGUUCCAUGCACAUGGUUCCAGUGCCGCAUCAAUCGUCACGCUUCCCCUCCGCGUUCCUGACCUGCCAGCCGUGACGUGUGCGCCUCUCGUGCUACCCACCCCGGUCGAUCCCGCACUGAGGCUGGCAGGACUGAGCAGUCCCGGCGGCGAAGGAGAAAAAGGACAGGGGCAAGGGGGUGGUCUCACGACAGGCCGCCCAGCAUUCGAAGGAGUCAUAAUGCAGCCUGACCUGUUGCAACGACCGCACUUGGUGCUGCAGAUGGAUCUGAUAUCGAUCUCCUCUCCAGUCAGAUCAGCACUAGAAGAGACUGUUCCCCGGCUGCUCUCGUCGCCGGCCUCUGCAGCAUAA